AUUGACAAAAAAUCAGUCGCACACCCUGUCUCUCUCUUUACCUUCUCUCUUCUCUCUAAACACUCUUAUCACCUCCCUCUCCCCCCAUUGCCGGCGAAACCCACGCUUCAACCGCCACCUCCCCCGCCAUCUCCCCUCUUAAAUCUCCACCUCCAGCAAGCUCCGCCGUCGUCGCCGCUGUGCAACAACCAUGUGACUGGUGGGAAUGCAACGUCGCCGCCGCCGCCCCUUCUUUUUUCUCUCCCUUCGGUGAAGCCCCGUCUCUACUGUCACCAGACAAUGAGAACAGCCGCAACAACCAGCCACCAGUCCGCCUCCCUCGUCAUUUCCACCAUCUUCCGUCACCAGUCAAACCGGUGUCCGCUGCCAAUCAGGUCCCAUGCACCAAAAACAGCCGCCAAGCCUCCUCCUCCGUUCUCUCACUUCUACGGUGAACUAGCACCGACCGCCAUGCGAAACCAGCAACAACGACGAACACGGUCAGACCCCGCUUCACCCGCCGCUCCGAUGACCCAUCUUUCAUCGAAAAAUGAUGAAUUAAGAAUUCAUAUCCGGAAUGAGUUUGAAAGAAAGAAACAAGUAAUAUUAGCUGCUCAAAGUGCAUCAAUUGUGGAAGGAAGAUGAGAUAGGAAUUGCUAAUUAGACUUGUUGAUGAAUAAUAUAUACAAGAAAUUAUUUGCAAAUACAAAUGAUGAACGCCCAUCUCAAGAAGACAACCAAGCUUAUAAGAAUGAAAGUGAUGGUGACUCUGACGACAUGAAUGAAAUUGAUAAUCCUGAUAACAUGAAUGAAAGUGAUCUGAUCCUGAUGGUUGGUAGUUUUAUUGAGGAUUCAAGUUUAAAUAUUUUGUUUUGGACCAUUUAAGAAUCAUACAUUAUUGAUGUGGAUGUUUUGAAUUAUGUUUUUUUUGUUAGCCAUAAGGGUUUACUUUAGAUUUGUAUUGAAUGAUGUUUUUAAGAAUUAUUAAAGGUUUUGAAUAGAUUUUUAAUUAAUUGUGAAAUGUUUUUAGUAAUUUACAUGUGAAUUAUUAUUUGGAAAUUUUUAUGGGGAUGUACAUGCUAAAUAUUUAUGAAAAUUUUCUUGAA